AUGGCGACUCCUGCCAAAAACAACACGGCCAACGCCAAUCCCGGCGUUACCCCAACCCAGAUCACUUCCUCACCCUAUCCAGCUCCCUCGGCGGUGCCUAUGGGACGCCCGCUAUCGCAUAUUUCACCAUCAGCAACACGAACCCCCUCACACCAUCAUCAACAGCAACAACACCAGCAUCAGCAACAAUCUCACCCGGGACAGCAGCAGCAGCAGCCGCCUGCUUCAUCGCAUUCACAGGCACCGGCACACCAGUACACGCCUAUGCUUGAUGAUGCAGCAGGGUUUAGCUCGCCUUCCGCACUGCUAGCGCUAGGUUUAUCCGGCAUAACACCUUCUCCCGGCCCGGGGGGAGUCGCGAUGACAGGCGGACCAAGUAUGGGCAUAGGCAUGGGGCUGAGCAUGUCUGACGCGAUGGGAAUGGGAAUGGGAAUGCCGCUUGACCUGCCCAUGCACUCACUAUCGGGCGCAACAGCGAAAGAUACGGAAGCAGAGAAACGACGAAACAUGUCUGAGGUACUAUCUAUGCUACGGUCACGGGUGGCAGGACGCGGCGUGUGUCGAGAGGCCGUUGAACGACUUGGAACGCUGGAAGGAUUUGAGUGUAUGUGGCAAGAUAAUAAUCUAAGUAUCGCGGGGAACAGCGUUGAUUUGGAGAUUGAGUUUGGCCGAGACGGGACAGAAGCUGAUGUGGUGAAGGAUGUGACACUCCGGUAUGCUACGCAUGAUAUGGCAGAAGGGGAGAAGAGGGAAGCUGCAUCAGCGGUGCUGAAGAGGGUGUUGACAUUUGGCGAUGAUGGCGAUGGUGAUGCUGAGGAACGAGUAGCUGCAGGAGAGUGGAAGCCAGUCGAUGCAUUCCACGCGAACCUGACGCGGCUGGCGAGAAUGGAUGUGUUGUGCAGAGAGGUCAACUGCUUCGAGGCGGUGGAAGGGGUACAUGAGAGCCUGCAGAAGGUUUGGGACAGCACGAGCAGGGGCACGGACCCGGACCUGAAGCUGAACACACACACAGACACAGACACAGACACAGACACGAAAAAAACCUCGUCUGGGCCCGAAAGCAGGUUCUGGGAGCGGCUGUGUAGGAGGAGCAGUGUGGGCUGUCCCACCAUGCACCGGGGCAAGAACGUUGGCCUGGCGAUACACUACUGGGCUGACCAACGGCGGCUACUGGAUGCUCAACGCACGUCGCUUGAAGAGGUGCUGCAGGCUGAGCUGUCCCCGUCCCUGAAGCAGUCUAAGGGAUGCAGCAGACGGCAGGUGUACAAUGCUGUGAUAGAGUGUGAGGCUGGCUACCCGUCACUACGCAUAUCUAAGGGCUGGGUGGGUGAUCCUACGGUGUUACCGACGCAGGACGAGAACAACAACGAAAACAAUAACGAAAACGAUAUCAAUAUCACCAGCAAUGACAACAACGAUAAUAAUGAUAACGAGGGCAAUAAUGGCGGCGAGGAUACGAACGGCAAGGUUGGCAAGACUCGAACGAACUGGCUAGAGCCCGGCCCAACGCUAGUCUCGACCGAUCCUCUGCUGCCGUCAAGCCCACCGAAUGUGCGCUUCGUGGCACGCCUGGAGCCAGCGAUACAUGUACCUAUCGUCGUGGCAGCAGAGGUGUAUCGCCUGGUCGGGAUAACGAUGCCGCAGGAGACGAGGGCGCCAGCCGCCUAUGACGCGCUUGUGGUACCUGUUGAGCGGCGGCCAUCGCGAACCGGAAAGGGGGAAGGGGAGGAGGAAGAGCAUGUGAGGACGGUACCUAUCUUUGGCCAAACAAAAGGGGCAGAAGACGAGGUGACGAGGAAGAAGCAUGUGUACAGCUUCCAUCCCCUGGAGCAUGUGCCUGGCUAUACGGUGAGGGAGCUUCCCUUCUCGCAUCCUCGACAGAUAGAGGAGGUCAUCCCUCUGCUUCGACAGUAUGCUCUUCUCGGCAAGCUACUCAGCGUAUUUCAGAUGAGCACGAGUGAUAAUUCUAAGGGUAAGAACGAGGAUGAUGAAGAUCAAGAGUCGAACGAUGAAGGGUACACGCAAGAGGGCCAUCGAAUGGACAAUGUCGAUGCAGCAGAGACUCGGCUGAACAGCCUGCUCUCAUCUACCGAUAAGAGCUACGAGACGAAACGCAUCUCGAUCAACCUGCGGACGCCUGUCUCAUCACCACCGACCCUGCUGGUCGUCUUCCCCCUGGCAGCCUCUCCCUCUUCCUCUCCUUCCUCUUCCCUUUCCCGGACAGCCAGCGUCACAGUCGAGGUGCUCGCCGACGGCCGGCUGCAAGUGCCCUGCACCCGCGGGAUCGUCGAGAUCGAGCACUCUGCCUCUGGGCCCGCCGACACGCCCACGCGAGCUGCCGAGGAAGAGAAGAAGCUGUGUGGCUUGCUGGGUCGUGUCCUGGAGACAUGCGAGGAUCUGGGGUUGCUGGUCGAGUCCGCCUGCAAGUAUGCGAAUACUCGUCGAUCUGAUGCUGCUAAUCUCCAAAAAUACAUGGGACUCGACCAGCGUGGAAAGGUCCUUGCUGAAUACGUCUGGGUAGACGCUCACGGUGGUGUUCGCUCAAAAACAAAGACUCUCAGUCGCCCAGUCACCUCGGCCGACGAGCUCCCAGAGUGGAACUUUGACGGCUCCUCGACAGGACAGGCUCCCGGCCACGACUCAGACGUCUACCUCCGUCCCUGCGCCAUCUUCCCUGACCCCUUCCGUGGCGGUGACAACAUCCUCGUCCUCUGCGAGACCUGGGACUCCGAUGGCUCCCCCAACAAGUACAACUACCGCCACGAGGCUGCUCGUCUCAUGCGCACCCACGAGAAGGAACAGUUCUGGUUCGGCCUAGAGCAAGAAUACACACUCCUCGACGCUGAUGGCUGGCCCUUCGGAUGGCCCAAGGGUGGUUACCCCGGUGCCCAGGGCCCUUACUACUGCGGUGUCGGUACCGGCAAGGCCCAGUGCCGUGACAUCGUCGAUGCUCACUACAAGGCCUGUCUAUACGCCGGCAUCAGCAUAUCCGGUAUCAACGCUGAGGUCAUGCCUUCUCAGUGGGAGUACCAAGUCGGCCCUUGCGAGGGUAUCACCCUUGGUGACCAGCUCUGGAUGUCCCGCUUCCUCCUCAACCGUGUCGCCGAAGACUUCGGUGUCGUCAUCAGCUUUGCUCCCAAGCCCAUCCCCGGUGACUGGAACGGCGCCGGCCUCCAUUCCAACGUGUCCACGGCUGCCAUGCGUGCCGAGGGUGGCAUGAAGGUCAUCGAGGCCGCCAUGAAGAAACUCGAGGCCCGUCACCCAGAGCACAUCGCUGUCUACGGCGAGGGUAACGAGGACCGUCUCACCGGCCGCCACGAGACCGGAAGCAUCGACAAGUUCAGCUGGGGUGUCGCCGACCGUGGUGGCAGUAUCCGUAUCCCCAGACAGUGUGCAAAGGACGGAAAGGGCUAUUUCGAAGACCGAAGACCCGCCAGUAACGCGGAUCCCUACCAGAUCACUGGUAUCAUUGUUGAAACUCUCUGCGGAAGUGAUUAA